AUGAUGGCGGCUCUCCUCUUGCUCGCGGCCGUCGGCUUCUCGCCGCGGGCGGCCGCCUGCACGUCGACAGGCGCGUGCCGCGCCCUUGGACGCACUCAGGAGCGAGAGCCGCAACCUGCUCUGCACACCAGGCUCUACGAGUACAUCCCUAUCUACCUGACGGGCAGCACCCGCGCGCAGGAGAUCUCCCACGCGCACUACAUGGGCGAGAUCCUCUUCCCUGGGAUGAACCGCCGCCCGACACUGGACGGCCGCCACAGCCUCUUUCUGUGCGACUACCACUGGGAGCUCUCCUUCGGCUGGACCCACAAGAGCUUCGGGGGGCGCAUCUUCCUACAUCGGCGGUUUCUGCAGGCACACCUACGUCUGACCUACCCUCCGCCCGCGGCGCUCUCGGGCCGCUGCGGCGCGACAAUGCCGCUCCUCGGACGUGCUCCUCUUGGUUCGGCACCUUUCCGCGCCAUCCACGUCCGACUCAUACCGCCAGGUGGCCCAGGCUAUGACCUCGUGGGCACGCACCAUGAUGGAGUCUGUGGGCAGUCGUCGCACGCCUUUCAGCGGGGCGGACCUCAGCUCGGCGACUCCGUGGACGAGACGUAUCUCGGCUCCUCGCCCCUGCUCGUGCCCGUCUUGUGGAGCGAGGUCGACAGCGUCGAGGGCACCUUCCUGGAGCUGGAGGGCCUCCCUGGACGUCUUUGGCAACGGUUCCUCUCGGACCACGACGCCUUCUUUGCCAGCGGGGACACUUACUUAGGGACGCACGGACGAUCACGCAGGAUCGACUUCUUCUACGCCCCGUCCGCCCUGGAGUCCCACACACGCCAGUGCAAGACCACCGCUGUCUACGCGGGCGACAAGUUCGAGGCCCACGCGUUGCACACCUGGGGCUACGACACGAUCACGCUUCGCCUGGAGGGCGCCCUGAAGUCGCGCGACCUGCAGAAUGCGGUCACGAUCCUCCCCAAGAUGUUGCGCCUGCACGCCCAGUCGCUCAGGGACCUAGCGGACUCGGUAUGGAUCAGCAUCGUUACCACGCCCACGGCUACCUCGAUCGUCGCAGUUCGGAAAGCGGGCAAGAUGUACGCAGAGGCGGCGCAAUUCCCCGAGGCGAAGCUGCGCACGCGCUACAACGACCAGUACACCAGGAAGCAGUUCGCUAACGCGGACCAGAUCACACUGAAGAGCGUCAACCCAGACGGCCCUCGGGAGACUUGUCUCGACGUUCUGGGCGGCCGCCAGAAGAUGGGGACGGGCCACCUGGAAUCGAUGGCCCAGAAAAUGCCAGACAAGAAUCGCCAGAUCCACUACGGCCAGAAGGGCUGA